CUGCGGGGGCGUAGCCUCGGGUUCGCGCGCUAUGGCCGCGAUGCGAGGCACGUCGAGAGCACUGCGAGCGAUUCGGAUCAAUCGCGGCGCGACCGUCUUCGGUUCCGCGCCGCCGCCCGCGACGGCGCCGCGGUGGAGCGCCGUGCCCACGCCCGAGCGACGAUCGGGGAUGAGCACCCUGAUACCGCCGGGGAAAACGCUCGGGGAGGUGACGCACGUCGACCUCCUGGAGAAAGAGAACGCGGACGUCGUCGUGAAGAUCUGGCGCGAAUAUCACGAGGGGAAGUCUGGGAAGACGGGCGCGAUCGUGGAGCCGAGGGUGUACGACGCCCUGAGCGAUCGCUCGAAAGUCUGUCCCAUGUUCGUGAUGCCUCUGCACAAGAGCAUGUCCCAGUACCUCACGUUGGUCGUGCAGAGCAAGAUGCCGUACGUCUCCUUCACCGCGAUCGAAGACUUCAGGAAAUUGCAAGACGCGGCGACGCCGAUGUUGGUCGCGUCGCACUACCCUGAGCUCGCCGCGUCGAAAGGUCUCGCGCUCGUGCAGGCGGUGCACGUGGACAAGACCACCGCGGGCGCGGCAGAGCACCUCACGACGCAAGAGGCGGUUCGACUCGUGCGGCUGUGUCACACGUUCUACGCGGAGGAUGAUUUAUACGAAAAAUUCGUGAAGCCGUUCAAUCACAACCAGAAAGAUUUCGACUUCGACGCGAUGGUGUUGAAGGUCAGGGAUCUGACGUGGUCCGACGAGCACUUAAAUGCGGGGUGGGGGCAAGACGCGAAAUGAGAGUUGAACCCACAAAUUAGGUACGUGUAGGCAUAGCGUUUCGUUGAAACAAAAGCAAGACUGUGAGCGUUG